CCCCCAUUCACUUUAGAUAGAAUAUUUUACUUUUCCUGAGCCAAGGAAAGGCAGUUUAACAUAUGAUGCACCCUCCUUCCUGAAUACGGUUUCACAGUUGAGUUUUCAUCAAGAAUUUCGGGCCGCGUCCAUUUGCCAUGAGAUUCAUUCAAUGGGAAGAAAUGUUGUACUCGGUUGUUUAAGCUGCUCGUGCUUUUCAUCGGGAACUCGUCGCUUCCUCGUCUCCUGGUAAUGGUUUCGCUUCUUCUUCUGAUUCAGAAGGUCCACCUUCCAAAUUAGUGCCACUCCCUCCAUCAGAAACUCGUGCUUCCUCAUCUUCUGGGAAGGGUUUCGCUGCAGAUGCUGGUUCUUCUCAAGUCCAUCCAGGUAGAAGUAGAAUUUCAUCUUGCAAAUUAGUGCCUCUCCGUCGAGACCCUGCCUUACCUAACCAUGCCAGUAGGUGUACCGGAUUCUCAUUAUUCCUCUUGUAUUCUUCUGCUAUGAUCCAAUCCCUGCUGAAGUUCGAGGUGCACAUCAGAUGCCACCAGGUUCUGAUCUGGCUGGGUUCGAGAGCAUUUUAAGAAAAGUGCCGUGGCCUGUACUACGAAAUCCCUGGUUGUUGAAAACAGAGGUUUACUACUUUUUGAUAGGAGAGUACUGGGGUCACUGGAAUCCGACCAUAUUAGUGGUAAUCGACCCAACUGGAAGAAUAUUAAAUAAAAAUGCAGUACUAUUGGUAAAGAGAUGGGGGGCAGAAGUCUAUCCAUUCACUGAUGAGAAAAUGAAGCAGCUUGAACGCCAACCUCGGCCUCGACAGCCUCGACAGCCUCGUGUGGAUGAGUCAGUGGUGAAGCAAAGAGCUGAAAUGCCCAUACCAGUCACUUUAUCUGAUUCGGAUACCACUCGUGGCGGGUUUAGAGUGGAUGCGCCGGUUGAUCUCAGAGGUACUAGCGGUUCCUCAAUAGUGUGGCCUGUGUGGGGUUGUGAGUCCGAAUUAGACCCAGAAGAUUUAUCGACGCAAACAGCCCUCAUUAUACCUGGAAUGCCUCCCACAUAUUUUUAGCCAGCAAAUAUGUCUAUAAAAAUCAGUGCCAGCAGAGGGGUGAGGAGCAGCAGGAGAAUAUUGAUCGCAAGACAGUUACUGUUUAUUAAAAUUGUGUGGAUAACUGCCAAUCCUGUUAUUUUGACAAUCGUCCCCGAUCAGUGAAAUCUAGAAUUUACGACGGUAUUUUUUUAUUGUUGUUUCUAUAAUCUUUUUAGGUUUCUUAUGUAGGGCUUGUGCUGUCAUGCUAAUCCAUUCGUCUCAUGUCAGAGCCUCCCAUAUUAAAAAAAAUUGUAGUCCAAUACCCUGAAAGGGCUGUUGUUGAUUUAGGCGUGUAUAGUACUUCUUGGUAAUGUAAGUUUUGGAUAUACCUUGUACAAAUUAGUAUUAGAGAUCGUUUCCUUAGAACUGGGCUUCAAGGGUGUUUAAUCCGGUCCUCUAUUCUUAAAACUUGUUUAAGAGUAAGUUUCAAUAUCUGUUUAUAGUUUAAACCUGAAAUUAAGCAAUGCCCAUGAGUUACUUUGAACUUCUCUUUGGCUCUGAAUUAUUUGAUCUAUUUGGAAUUGAAGUAUUGCAUUUGUCUUUCCCUUCAUUUUGUGUAAAAAUGGUCAUCUUCAAGUCAAAAAGGUAUCAUUCUGAUGACAAUGUAUAAAAUAAAAAAAAAGGAGUUGAU